AUGGAUGUAGAUAUGACUUUAACAUUUAGGAUGAUGAUUGACCAGUCAACAUCACCAGAUGUGGAUUGGAUAAUAUCAUUGAUAAAGCGAUAUAUUGGUGUACCUGAUUCCAAAACUUUUGAUGUAACAUUGAUGAUCUGUUUGAUCAGAAACUUGACAUCUGUCAAUCAACCAAUCAAUGGAUAUGACUGUCUACCACUACCAAGGGAGACAACUCCUGGUCCUGAUCUUGCCAGGAUUAAAUGGUACAGAAAUAUAUUAGCUCAUCAUGAUAGUGACACCAUACCAACAGAUGAUUUCAAUACAGCAUGGAGAAAUGUAGUAAAUGCUGUAAGUCGAUUGGGUGGUGUGUCAAUAAAUCAAGAGUGUCAAGAGCUAAAGGUGAAAAUUUUAGAUCAGUCCAACCAGGAAAUUAUGCUGGAAAUCAAACAAUCACAGGAAGAAUUGAAGGAACUGAGACGAACAAUGGACAUUGAAAACUCAACCAUAAGGGAAAAUCUUAGAGAUUUGCAAGAUUCCCACAGUACAUUGCAAACAGAACACUCAAGAGCUACACAUAAUCUAAGAGAUCUUCAAGAUUCCCACACUUCUUUACAAGCAGAGCACUCAAGCACUACCAAAAAUCUGAUAGAUCUGAAGGAUUCCCAUAGUACUUUACAAAUUGAACACUCAAAAGUCACAGAGAUUUUAAAAGACCCAGUACCAUGGAACAUAAGAGAACUAAUUAAUGAGGAAUUAGAGAACUGGAAAGAAGAUAACAAAAUAUUUAUAGAAACAAACGGAGCAAAAUGUGUAUUAAAGUGCAUUAAAGAAAAUGGUUGUGUUGUUGUCACAGCAAGUUCUGGUACCGGGAAAACAUCAUUGGUGCGCCACGUAGCUUUACAGAUGCAUAAUGAAGGCUAUGAGAUUUUACCAGUAUCAAAUCCUAAGGAAAUCAUCAAGUGA